AAGCAUUAAUUAUUACUGUCAUUUUUAUCACAGAGCCGAGUGUGGUCGGAGGAAGUUUAUCAGGACACACAGAUGCAGUAUGGGGUCUGAACUUCCAUCCUCAGCGCCAACAUCUACUUUCUUGUGCGGCAGACUCUACUGUUAGAUUGUGGUCCGCAGAUGCCCGCUCGCCCUUACUAUAUACUUAUGCUGUAGAAAAAGAUGGCAUCCCCACUUCAGUUGACUUUGUUUAUGAAUCAAGCAACCAGUUUGUGUGCAGCUUUAACACAGCUAACUGCGUCAUAUUUGACCUGGAGACUGGUAAACCUGUCAUGCGUCUUGACACAGAACCUGAUCAAGGCAGCAAUUCUCUCAACCGACAGAUCAAUAGAGUAAGGAUUUAUUCUAUCUUAGUUUGAUAGAUUAGAUGAUUAUUGCUUGUGGUUAUAAACAUUUAAAUGGUACAAUGAUGUAUAUUAUGGUAUGAUAUACUAUACUUCAUAAACAUAUAAGGCAUGUACUGUGCAGUGAUAUCCCCAUUAGCCAGAACAAUUGGUGCAAAUCACUUCCGGGGAUGAGAUAUUUCCGGGUAUCCAGACAACUUUCUCACACCCGGAAAAAUCCCUUUUACCCGGAAUUUUUUCCAGUUACUGGGAAAAGUUUCCUAGUGUCUAAACUAGACAUCUUGCACAGACAGACACUAGCCCACUUCCUCGGAAC